AUGUCUCAAGACCGCGUGUUUCUCUCGGAUUCUUUCAUUCCUCACCAGCACUCGUCUCUCGUCCCGGAUCGUAACCUACCAAUCAUUAAUGUCCUUUCAUUCCCUUUCCCGCCAUCAGUACCCCCAGCACCAUAUGAAGAUGCAGAGCUCUCGGCAUUCUUCUCCCCAAAACCCCCUGACCCUGGUCCCCUUGACCUCUCGACCACCACAAUCCCAUCAUUUGCCCACCUCCUCAGUCGUGCAGCCCUAGCAACGCAGUGGGAAUGCAGCAUGCGCUCCAUUUGCCUCAAGGUCAACAAUGUGGUCCGGUACCUCCAUUUCUGGGUUGGCUCUCUCUGGUACAAGCUCUCGCCUGCCAUUGCUGGCCGCAACCAGUGGGCUCGCGCUCGAGCCUGGGCUCACAGCAGGAUUCACAGUAGGCCUGCCCCCACGCUUUUCGCCCACCUUCAAUCUGCUGUUGACCGCUUCUUCAAGGUUGUUGGCUGGGAUGCUCCCAUAUCCUCUUCCCUUCGUUCUCUCCAGCUUGCUGAUCUUUUCUCUGACCGGUACCUUCCUGGCACUGUCAUUGAUGGCUAUCCCCUUUACCUAUCCAUUCUGUCGGACAGUGAAGUGGGAUCUCUUCGACCCCCCGAUGCUGGCCACCUCAGCCACCUUCGCAACGUUGCCAAUCAGUUGCGCACUGGCAACAUUGAUGGCGUCGUGUACCCUCUGCAUGACCCUCGUCACAAUCAUUACGUGGCUGCCCUUUUUGAUGCUCGCACCGGUGAGCUCCGCAUUGGUGACUCCUGCAUCAGUGGUGCGCUGCCACCAGAUGCUGUUCAUGAUGCGGAUCUCGCCGGCUAUUGUCAGUUCGCCCGCAAACUUGGGCUCGAUCUCAACCCCAACAUCGCUAUCCUCCCGCAUUCCAUACAAGACGACCCCUUCUCGUGCGGUAUCGUCACCCUCAACACCAUCGAACGUGUCUUCUUCCGUGACAUAUGGCCUUGGUCCCCUCAUACGAAGCACCUGGAGCGCAUCGAGUGGGCUCUCCUCCUUGCGACCCAACUAGGAAGCCAGUACUUCCUCGAUGACUUGAAUCUCCCAGACAACUUCAUCUCCCUGCACCUCAACCGCGGUUUUAUCGCCCUCGAUACAUCCAUUGCCGUGGAUGACACGGACAUGGACAACAAUGACUCAGACUUCAAUACGUCUAUCGCCGCAGACAACAUGAACACAAACUUCAACUUCUCAGACCUCGAUAACUCUAGCUUCGUUCUUGUACAUGACGACACCAACUCUGUUGCCAAUGCGGAUGUGUACAGCGAGUACGACAACUGCGACUACAGCUACACCAACUCAAGCGAGGCCAGUCAACCCACCAGCAUUUCCGGUACCCUCCCUCUCCCCUUGUCUCAACCUAGCAAGCUGGUGAAAUGCCAGACAGCAUCCCUUGCCCAGACGACUCUCACCGCCUUCUAUGCAAGCAUCACGCGUGCAGAGCUGGAGGCAGCAAGAGUCCGCACCCGGCCUGAAAGGCUCGCUGAAGCCGAAGACGUGGCCGAGCAUGCAGCACGCAAGGACAAUAUGGAGCGCCUCGCUCACGAGGCACACAUGAAGGAGAGGGAGCACGAGAAGAAGAGGCAAUAUCGUCAGCACAGACGGGCCCGAAAGCAUGCCGCCUCCAAUGCCAGUGCUGCGACCGUUGUUGCUGACACUGUCCCCACCCCCAGCCAGCCCUCAGUGGCCUCCAUCCUUGACAAGUCCUCGACAAUCCCCAUCUCUCCUGCCCUCCCGACCACCUCCGCCGAGACCUCGCGCCCAUAUCGCCAGUUUCAUGAGCUGGUACAAGCAACAACCCGGUCUCAGGUUGGCCGCAAGCGCAAGAACCUCCCCACCAACGCGCUCCGAUACAAUUGGAUCCAUUCGCUCAUCUUCCAGCAAAUUGAUCAUGCAAGAUACAUUGUCGGGUGGUCUCCCCAGGAGAUCGACAGCAUCCUCGCACAUGUUGCAACAGGCAACAAACCUCAAGCUCUCAUCACGCGAUUUGGCGUCUUGGAGCUCCACCCCGGCCUUGUCACUGCUAUCGCCGAGCAGCUCACCUACCUUCGCGAGGUCGGCAUCCCGGUCUCAAUUGCUGUGAGCCGCGCCAUCAUGCUCGCCCUUAUCCAGCAUCACGCCCCCGGAAUCCUCCACGCCUCUGCGCCGGACGGGAGGCCAUUCCUCUGCUCCAAAACCUUUGUCCGAAGGUCUUUCCCCACCUCCAUGACACUUGACACCCGCAUCGCCACCCUACGAAACCGCUCUGUUUCGUGGGGUGUGAAGGCCUACCAUGCAAUCAAUCACCCGGAGCUCAUCAAACAGGCAUUCUCCCGCUGUGAAAUCAAGGGAGGUUUCAACCUCUCCUAUGAGUCACUCACUAGCGAUGAUGCCCUCAAGGCACUUCGCGAGCUACCCCGAACUGACCCAGAGCUUGACAGACAGCUCUCGCAGGAGGCUGCAAACAGCACUCGCCCUCAAGAUAUUGCUGCUGCGUCCGCAGACGAACCGGCAGACGAGCUGACCGACCCCUUUGAGAACGACAAGCAGCACGACGACGACACCUGGAUGGAGCCCGUUGACCUCAUGUCAUGGAUUCUCCAUCCAGGCAACGACGCCAGCGCUCUUCCCACUGGGCCAGGCAUGGCUGAUGACCCCGACGUCAACCUAGAGGAGUUGUAUGUUCCUGAGGAGGUCGUUUUUGGUCGGGGAAAGCGCCGCAAGGUCUCUAACACGCGGUAUGAGGGGUUUUCGGGCCAUUAG